AUGAAGGAAAUAAAGGAGUAUAUGGCAGCUGCAGAUCGUGAGCUCAAGUCUAACCGUCAUCAACUGGAAGCGGCAGAUAUACUCACAAAGAGCGUACAAGCCUUGGAGGAUAAACUAAAGACGAUGCCGAACCAGUCAAGUGAUGAUAAGAUCAAGGUUCUUCAUGAAAGGCUCACUGCCUUGGAAAUGACCCAAAAACCUACAGAGCCUCGAAAAGGCGAAUCGCUGGCAAUUCAAGUUGGUGUCAAUAAGGGACGCACGGUCGUCGUACAGAAGGGCACGCAAGAUGCGAUAAAGAAAGAAGAUCCAAAACAGUCACUUCCGAUUCAGGUCGAGGAAAAGGAUGAUAAAAAAAGCCACGAUAAGCGACGAGCAAUAUUUUGGACGCUUGAUACUCGAAACGAGGGAAACGAAGCAGAAAGCGAAGGAUCGUACGUCAUCAUCAAGUAA